AUGUCGCGCUCUCUCCCCAAGAAGAAUAACCCCCUGAUCCUCGCCGACAUGGCGCCACCAUAUGAUGAGCUUCUUGCGCGCCGUCGUCUUGGGAAGACUAAUCUGUCCGUCAAGCCUGGCCAGGUCGGCACAUCGAAUGCCACGAAGCCCGAGAACUUAGGAUUGUUUGAGUAUGCCCACCUCCGGGCUCCCCUACCCAAAGACCUGAAGGGCUCCGAAAUUUUCCCUUCACAUAGCUCUCAGCAACAUCCUGAAACCUAUUUCUUGAUGCGGAGAAGCAAGGAUGGCUUUGUGAGCGCAACUGGCAUGUUCAAAAUUGCCUUCCCUUGGGCCAAGGCCGAGGAAGAGCGCCUUGAGAGAGAGUAUCUGAAGUCGCGCGAGUACACCAGCCUGGAAGAAGUCGCCGGUAACGUUUGGAUAUCCCCAGAGUUUGCUUUGGAGCUUUCCGAAGAAUACCAAAUGAAAAAUUGGGUGCGCGCUUUGUUAGACCCUACCGACAUUUUCGAGCUUCCCAUGGAUGACCCAGAGCCUACGCCCUCGCAGCGCCGCAGCCGUCGCUCGGUCUCCCCCAGCAAGAAGUCCACAUCUCCUCGUAAGGCUCGUCAGCCCCGCACAGCCAAGGAAGCACCUAGCACACCAUCCACCACGGCAGCCAACGAGAACCUUCAGAAGGCCCUUGAGGUCACCGCCUCGAAUGUAGACUCGGACAUAGCUAACGGGGUUCUUGAGUCUGUUGAGGAGGUUGAAAUCGUGGAGUCGACCACCACCCCCAAGAAACCCGCCGCUUCGCCUGAAAAGAAGGGACGCAAAUCCAAGAAAGAGAAGGCUGAAGACGAGAAGGAAGAAAAGAAAGAAAAGAAAGAGGACAAGAAGACUGAGAAGAAGAAGAAGGAGGUCAAGGAUAAAGAGGUUGGGAAAGAAGCCGCCGAAGAACCUACAACCACCAUUUCGCUCGAACUCCCUACUAGCCUUCUUCCUGAAGGUCCAUCGGCUGCUGAUACAGAGGAGAUGCUGGCUAAAGCCAAGAAGAUUGUGAAGGAAGCAGUUAGCCAUCCGGCCAAUGUUGACGCCGAAGCCGCGAAGGCCAGCAAUAAGCGCAAACCCGAGGAUGACGACGAGGAGACUGCGGCUGAAGCCGCUUCACGAGUGAAGAAAGCAAAGGUUCUGGAAGAGAAGCUCAAGCGCGAGCGUGUUCGUAACCGUGCCCUGUUGGGUGUUUCGGCAGCUUUUGCUAUUGCGGCUUCAAUUCCGUAUUUCUUUUAG